GAGCGGACUCUUUGCGUCUGCGUAGUACGCUCACCUCCUUUUCUGCCUCCGCUGCCGCCAUGGCUCCUGUGAAAAAACUUUUGGCAAAGGGGGGCAAAAAAAAGAAGCAAGUUCUGAAGUUCACGCUUGAUUGUACCCACCCUGUAGAAGAUGGAAUCAUGGAUGCUGCUAAUUUUGAGCAGUUUUUGCAAGAGAGAAUCAAAGUGAAUGGGAAAGCUGGGAACCUUGGGGGAGGCGUGGUGACCAUUGAGAGAAGCAAGAGCAAGAUCACGGUCACCUCUGAGGUGCCAUUCUCCAAAAGGUAUUUGAAAUAUCUCACCAAAAAAUAUUUGAAGAAGAAUAAUCUACGUGAUUGGUUGCGCGUAGUUGCUAACAGCAAAGAGAGUUACGAAUUACGUUACUUCCAAAUUAACCAGGAUGAAGAAGAGGAAGAAGAUGAGGAUUAAAUUCAUUUAUCUGAAAUUUUUUGUAUGAGUUCUUGAAUAAAACUUCGGAACCAAAA